AUGAGAGGUCGUUUCCCUGAAUCUCAACCGCCAAUUGAGUGGCAUCCAGACCCACAGGUAUACGCGGAACGUAGCAAAAGGCGUCAAGCUACGGAAAACCUAGAGCAGGAACUGCCACGAGGCUGGCCUGCUCGUGUCGAAGGCCCAUGGGUCUGGGAUGGCAACGACAUAGCCAUGGAGAAUGGCGGGCCUGGAGAGUCACACUGGGUGACGAAGCUACAGGCAGAGAACAUAGCUGACCUCGAAGCUGCGACACAAAGGUUCAAACGUACCGGUAAGCCUCAGGUCUCUUGUAUAGAGUACACUGUGCUGAUGCCCAUACAAGUCUUGCGUGGCUGCUCCAAGCGACUACACACUGACACUGGCCUGAUUGUGCUUCGCGGCCUCGAUCCAGAUAAAUACUCCGAGGCUGACAACAUGAUCAUGUACGCCGGACUGACUUCGCAUAUCGGAGACCGCCGCGGUAUCCAGAUCCAGAGCUCGAAGGAAGCUCUUGUUCAUAUCAAAGAUACUGGGACCGAAGUUGCUGAAUUUCCACUUGCAUCGCAUACCAACGAGGCCCAACCCUUCCAUUCGGAUCUAGGAGACAUCUUGUGUCUCUACGUGCUCCAGACAGCGGCUGAAGGGGGCGAGAGCCAUGUCGCCAGUACUGGUCGCAUCUAUAAUGAGAUCGCCGCUACUCGUCCAGAUAUCAUCCAUACGUUGGCAGAGCCCUGGACUUUUGACACCCCAGGAAGUGUACCCAACCAUUUCAUUCGGCCCAUUCUGCACCACAAAGAUGGGAGAGUGAUCAUCAACUUUGCACGCCGACUAUUCACCGGCUAUGGUAGGGAUAAACGCAGCGCAGAGCUGCCGCCAAUUAGUGAGGCGCAGGCCGAAGCACUCGAUGUCAUCGAGUUCACUGCGCAUCGCUUCAAGACCUCUAUGAAGCUCCAAAAGGGAGAUGUUCAGCUCCAGAACAACUUUGCCACAAUCCAUGGACGUAAUGGCUUUGUGGACAAGACAGAUCGCAAGUCUUCAGGGCGCCAUAUGCUUCGGCUAUGGGUUCGGGAUGAGCAGUAUGCAUGGCGGGUACCGGAAGCCUUGGAGACUGAAUGGGCCAGGGUAUAUGACAAGGUGGAGCCCAAGGAAGAGGAGUGGCACUCGGAACCUUCGUAUGCGAGUGCAACCGAUAGUGAAACCUCUUGUGCUUGAUUCCUACAAACGGUCGAGGUUUAUUGUAGUUUCCUUCUAU